AUGAGUGCUCUCGCUGCUGCCCGUUACGGAAAGGACAAUGUCCGUGUGUUGAAGGUGAUGCGCGAUGAGAAGGCUGGUACCCAGACCGUCGUGGAGAUGACUGUCUGCGUCCUGCUUGAGGGCGACAUUGAGACCUCCUACACCAAGGCCGAUAACAGCGUCAUCGUCGCCACCGACUCCAUUAAGAACACUAUCUAUAUUACUGCUAAGCAGCAGCCCGUGACUACCCCCGAGGUCUUCGGUUCCAUCCUCGGCUCCCACUUCGUCGAGAAGUACAGCCACAUCCACGCCGCUCACGUCAACAUUGUCACCCACCGCUGGGUGCGCAUGAACAUCGAUGGAAAGCCUCACCCGCACUCGUUCCUCAAGGACAGCCCCGAGACCCGCAAUGUCCAGGUUGACGUUAUUGAGGGCAAGGGAAUCGAUAUCAACUCCUCCAUCAAGGGCCUGACUGUCCUCAAGAGCACCGGCUCGCAAUUCUGGGGCUUCCUUCGUGACGAGUUCACCACCCUCAAGGAGACCUGGGACCGCAUUCUCAGCACCGAUGUUGCGGCCAACUGGCAAUGGCGCCGCUUCGGCGGUUUGUCCGAGGUGAAGGCCAAUGUUGCUAAGUUCGACGCAACCUGGGAAGCGGCCCGCGCUAUCACCCUCAAGACCUUUGCUGAGGACGUCAGCGCCAGUGUCCAGGCGACUAUGUACAAGAUGGGCGAGCAGAUUCUUGCUGUCGCCCCUCUGCUUGACACCGUGGAGUACGAGCUGCCCAACAACCACUUCUUCGAGAUUGAUCUGAGCUGGCACAAGGGAACCAAGAACACCGGCAAGGACGCCGAGGUGUACGCUCCCCAGUCCAACCCCAAUGGUCUCAUCAAGUGCACCGUUGGCCGUGCUGCCCCCAAGGCCAAGCUGUAA